AUGUCACGACUAGGGAGCUCUACAACAACACCAAUACGUGCCAUUACCUCUUCACUGUCCGCAAGAUCGUCGGCUCCUGUUCCUGCGGCUUCUCAGACUUAUGAACCUCUCUUACGCGCCGUGCUACGCCACCGUCUACUCUAUGGCAUAUUUCUCUCCUCUGCUAUCUUUGAGUGGGCUCAGACGAUGUUGUGGAUUGGAUGGUGGCGAGGCAUUGGGAUCACGCAGUUACCAUUCCUUCCUUUCUUACCAUCAACGUUGGCUUUCACAGCCUUUGCAUGGGCUCUGGGUGUAGUCCCCGUGGUGGUAUUGCGGAAAGCACGGUUGACAGCUACACGUGCUGCUGCGUCAUCGCCUUCUCAAACAUUCAAAAUCGCGACCUCAAAAACCACAACUUUCCGCUCCCUCGCGACUUACGUUGUCUCCGCUGCGGGGAUUACGGCUUUACACAUCAUCAAUACAUACGCCAAUGAGCCCCCAAAUUCGCGCGGUGAUCACCAUCUCGCCGUUUUCGUUAGGUCCAGAAAACAUCCAUACUAUCUCAACGGUCGCUUUUUGUUCCUCCUGUUCUCGCAACUUACAUUGGCGAUUGCCUACUUCGCUCGAAAUACCAUGCUUGACCGGUUUGCCGUUCAUUGGAAAUCUGCUCACACGCAGUACUCAAAGCCGGCUGCACCGUACACAUACCGACUAGCCUUGACUGGCUUUACCGCCCUGAUAUUCACCGGGUUGGUUUUGUCAGCCUACACCGCUGCAUUCGGUCUCGCCCGAUCUCUGGUACUACCGGUCCUGCUGGGAUUGCCUGGGGUCUCCAAGCCUUUGCGACCUUUCUGCGCUCACUUCUUACGAGGGUCCUGGACAAUAUUUCUCUUGUUCCGCAACCUUCCUCUUAUUUGGCGGACUUUCUUCGUUGGUUUCACAACGCUAUCCAGUUGGGAGUUCGCAGAGAGCCUAUUCGAUGAAAAAAUUCAAGAGCCGAUCUAUGUAGCCCAAGUUACACCGGAUUCCUCAGCAACGCUUGUAUCAGGAAUAACUUCUAGCGAUGUAUAUUUCAAGUAUUUUGCCUACCACGAGCUCAAUGAAUUUGCCAAAGAUGAUUCACCGAGUGCCCUUACCCGUCGCACUGCAUUAUUUGGCGACCAAAAAUACAGCCCCUCUCUAUGGGCUACUCUCCUCCGCGAAUCCCUCUUAUUUCUCGGCAAUGACUACCAAGUUCUACAUACUCAUACUCCCCUUCUAGCACCUGCUCCGGCACCCCCAGUGCUGAAACCCGCACCACCUUCUACGCCUCUUCUACGCAAGCAGAUCUUCAAGGCACCAACACAAUCACCAAUCCGUUCCGUUAUCGAUUCCAUAGCUGCUGACGGUGCUUUGACACAAGCCGUCCAAAAUUCUGUUCAGACAACAGCGGCACAUAUGCCAGAACUCUUCAAGGGCAUUGAAUCCCCGGCGACGGCUAUCAAACAGCCACUGGCUUUGAUCGAAAACGAGGCGGCUGUCAAAGCUAUUACGGCUCCAGUGCGAAGCAUCAGCUCCCUCAAGCAUUUGCUUCCCAUGUCAGUCCCUCUGAUACUUUCACGCGUCGGAGAGCAUUGGGAAAACUGGUGGCGGAGAGAGCGGGUUAGUAAAACCGCUGAAGCAUCGUUGCUUUACCGUGAGGUGGAUGCGCUCAUCGUCGAAGUGUUGUCUCGCCUUGUCUGCGCGUCGCUGACUGAAGACCGUUAUGGCGUUGUUCAGCGCGACAUACCUCGCAUUUUGGAGGCGAUGCUUUCGCAUUUGACUGCUAUUGAAGGAUACCAGGCUGAAUUGAGCGCUCUCGCACCGGUUCCGUCAUCCGAUGAAGACGAAUUGUCCGUCAAGGACCGCGAGGCCCGUGAUCGUGUCCUUAUGGAGGUUACGCGAGCAGGCGAUGUGCUUGCUGUUGUUGGUGACGCGCUCAAAGAAGGUAUCGUCCGCAUCGUACGGACGUUUGGGGAGAGGCUUUCGGCGUUCAAGUUCCCGCCUCGGAUCGCGCACAAGCUCCAAGGGUUUGUAGAUUACAGCUAG